AUGACAAAUGAUAAUAACACCAGUGCUGAUGCAACUUCUUCCACUCCCUCACGCCUAAUUUUCCAUGAAGAUGAUUACACCCAUCCUUGUCACCCUCUGUAUGUUCAUCCAUCAGACGUACUAGGAACUUCCUUAGUUUCCAGUCCUUUUGAUGGAAGUUGCUAUGGGAGUUGGAAACGUAAUGUGUUAGUUGCUUUGUCCAUUCGUAACAAGUUAGAUUUCACUAAUGGUACUUCUCAGAGACCUCCUGAAGGUUCUCCUCUAGCUAGACAGUGGCAACGUUGCAAUGAUCUUGUUGUCUCUUGGCUGACUAACUCUAUGUCUAAAGAAAUAUCCAGGAGUGUUGAAUACUCUAAGUUUGCUAAGGAUAUUUGGACUGAGUUAGAAGAGAGGUAUGGGAAAGCUGAUGGUGCUAGGAUCUUUGAGCUAAAGAAGGAAUUGGCUCAUAUUUCCCAAGGGUCUAUGGACAUAGCAUCAUAUUUUAACAAAGUUAAGCAACUAUGGGAUGAGAUUGCAUCUUUAUCUACUGGGAGAGUUCGAAUGUGUACUUGUGGGGGUAAGGCUGCUGAGGAUGAAGAACAAAAGGUCUACCAGUUCCUCAUGGGACUGAAUGACACUUAUGUCCAAACAAGAAGCAACAUCAUUAUGAUGAAGCCCUUACCAUCCAUUGGUAAUGUAUAUGGGAUUUUAUUAUCUGAUGAGAAGCAGAGACAAGUUUCUGCUGGAACUCAAUUUGCUUCAAAUUCUGCCUCUUUCAGUGCUGGUGUAUCCAGGCCUCCUGUAUCUCCCAAAGUAAAUUUUGAACCUCAGAGGUCUAGUACCAGCUUUAAAGGAUCUUUUGAGCCUCACAGGUCUGUUAUUGUCUACAAAUAUUGUAAGAAAUCUGGACAUAGCAUUGAUAGGUGCUAUAAACUCCAUGGUUUUCCUCCAAAUUUCAAACCAAAUAGAUCUCCUUCUCCCAGAAGGUCUGCUGCAUAUGCUGAAGUGGAUACUUCUGGUGCUUCUGCUAUGUCAGCUGGUUCUGAGGGUACUCCUGCUAUGUCAACUCCUGAAUAG